ACCGCUAAUGACCGGAGGCCUGACCGGGAGUUUCGAUAAAUGCAUAUGCAGCAUAUAUCCUACGAAAAACCCCUCCCAAGAUUGGCUCUGUACCUCAGUCUCACCGGAGAAACCCUCCUUCCCGCUCUCGCUUUGCUGCGACCAGCAAUACAAAAGGAUUAAGCAAAGAGUUUGAAUGCGGUGAGAUUGAUUUUCAAGCAAGAGUCAUUCCUUACUUAAUCUUUGAGGUGUCUGGAUUUUUCAAGCAAGAUUGAUUUUUUAGAGACAAAGAUGGGGGAAUUUUGGAGAAGGCAUAAGAGAAAGGUCUAUGUUACACUUGGAGUUGUUGGCAGUGGAUAUCUACUAUACAAGCUCUACGAUGCUCGUCGCCGUAGGAUCAGUGAUCUUGAGAAACAGCUCGCUCGUGAGAGGGAAAGUGAGGAGCUCAUUAAGGCUCAAAUUCAAGCGCAUUUUGAGGGGGUACAGAGAAUAGCUGAUUCAACAACUCUUCCUCAUGUCAUGCAUUUGUUAGAUGGUCGGUUAACAGAGAACUUGGAUCUUACGCAAUUGACUGAGAGAUUAAUCCAAGGGAAGGGCCAACCAAACACUAUAACAAUGGCUGAGAAACUUGAAUUAUGGGAUAAACUCAAGAUUUUGAGUAUGGCUCAAAGACUUCCCUUUAUGUACAGUGCACUGACCUAUUUUUACUUUUCUCGAUUACGCUGUUUUUGUCCAACUCCAUUGACUUUGUUGUUUCCAGGUUGCAAGGUAGCUGCCUCACAGCAUGUGUCGCCCUAUGCUGUGGCGAUGCGAUUUUGGAUUGCAUCUGCCUCAUCUAGACAUGGCAGCACCAUUAAUAACUAUGCCAGUCUUGGAUUCAUCCUGGAAAAGUCUCAUGCUAACCAGGAACCUUUGGCCAAAAGAAUUGAUCCAUGGGAUAUGAUGUCUCAGAGUUGUAACACUUGUGUUCUGAUCAGCUUCUUCUUCCAAGCCUUGUCUCUAGUUGCAUUUUCUUUUGCUUCUCUCCCACCCUUCAAAAGGAGGCAAUUAGAGGUCACAUGCCCUGGUAGUUUAAACUCUUAUCAAACUGAUAAGAUUGCUAGUAUAGCCGCAUACAUGGAUGAAGCUGAACUAAUUGACAAAAAUGACGAACAGCAGUUUUUGGCCUGUGCUGAUUACCUUUCUAAUUAUGGUCUGCUAGCCCUAAUAUCUAAUGCUGAGGCAGCAUCAUUGGAAAUCCUCAAGAGCAAGCAAUUGAAGGAAUUUUUCAAUGUUUCGGUGCUUCAUGAUACAAUUAUUCGCAUUUUGGAGACUUUAAUGGUCAUGAGGAGCCCUCAUCAUUGGAUCGGUUAUUUGAUGCCCGAAGAUGCUGGAAUUUACCAGCCCUCAAGUAGUUGUGCCUCAGAUCUUUCACACGCCACGAAAUUUGAUUUACUUAUGGUGGAAACACGUGCUGUGUUAUUAAGUGCGGAAUUUUCCAAUAUUAUCGAUAUAUCACUGAGAGCUGUGGUUAAUGGAUUGUUGGAAGAUGUAAUCAUCCAUAGUGGAGAAAACAAUUUAAUGUCUGGAAUGCCGCUUGCCAGACUUGUACCAAGAAUAGCUCAUAUAUCUCAGUUUCUUCUAAUCGAACCCAAUAGAAGUAGGUAUAUCCAAAUAAUCCGGAACAUUCCAGAGGUCGAGAGGUUCUUCACUGUUUUAUACUCAACAUCGCCCACUUCGUAGUGUAGAAUACACUUGUUUGUUGUUUCAUUAACUUUUUUGGAUAGUGUGAAGUGAUUGGUAGUAAGUGAUGUGCAAGGCUGAAGAGAAUAAGGGCAAUGUAUGGUUUGCCGUCUGUACUUUUUAAGUUUUCCAGUUUUACUUUUACGGUGUUCCAUAUUUUGUCUGUUGAAUUUCUUGGAGGGGUUUUACCGGUUUGAAAGGUGGUGAGGGGAUUUUCAAUUUGGCAAUUUGCAGCACCGGAAAAAUCAAUGCACUGGUGGAUUACUGGUUUCCAUUGCAGGAAAGAUGUUCAAAUUCUGAUUCAUAUAAAACGUCCGUGGCCAUCUAUAAGAAUAUAUGUGAUUAUAGGAAAAUUUGGGUCAUUACAUUCUGUUAUAACGC